AUGCCCGCAUCAACGGUUGAAACCCCAGCUGUUGCGCUGUCUUUCGCAAACAACUUUUGGGGCAAAGAAGAUGCCGGCGUGGCGCCGCUGCUGAGUCGCAUGACUGCGGCCAAGACUACAUGCGAUGAACUACGAGCAUUCUAUGGCGCUCGAGCGUCGAUUGAGGAGGAAUACUCCCGCAAAUUAUUGAACCUGAGUCGCAAAGCCUUAGGAUCGCAGGAGUCUGGUACAUUGAAGACAUCGUUGGAUACCGUCCGAGGCGAAGUCGAACAGAUGGCCAAGCAGCAUCAACUAAUUGGCGCAGAAAUGAAAUCAGAGCUCGAGGAACCACUCGCUGCCUUUGCUGGCGGAAUGAAGGAGCGACGAAAGAUUAUCCAGAACACCGUCGAAAAGCUAUUGAAGGUCAAGAUGCAGCAGACACAGCAGGUUAACAAGACACGAGACAAGUAUGAGCAAGAGUGUUUGAAGAUCAAGGGCUAUCUUGCUCAAGGCCACAUGGUAAUGGGCCAAGAAGAACGUCGCAACAAAGCCAAACUCGAAAAGACACAGAUCAGCCUUGCAACUUCCAACACGGAGUACGAGAAUGCAGUUAAAGCCCUCGAAGACACGACAACAAGAUGGAACAGAGAGUGGAAGUCAGCCGCCGACAAAUUCCAAGAUUUGGAGGAAGAACGACUCGACUUCACCAAGAGUAGCUUGUGGACGUUUGCCAAUAUCGCCUCCACGGUUUGCGUUAGUGACGAUUCGUCGUGCGAAAAGAUCCGACUCUCAUUGGAGGUUAUGGAUGUGGAAAAGGACAUCAUCACUUUCAUCACUGAAAAGGGAACCGGACAGGAGAUCCCAGAUGCUCCCAAGUAUAUCAACUUCUGUCGCGGAGAUGUGACGGAUAACCAAUCUGAGACGUCAGAAGACGACAACUAUUCUGUCGCUCAAUUUCCUCGCAGCAUCAACCCUGCUUUCCGUUCGUCGUCACCUCAACCUUCGACAUUCGAGUCGCAUCAUGAUCCAAAUUCUGCUCUGGCCAACGACCUGGCUCACAGAGAAGUUGCUUCAAGCAAACGUGACCUUCCAAGCCAGAAGCCAGCGACACUGCCCCCUGACGAGAUACUCCAAAUCGGCACUCAAAAGCCUCAACCUCAGCAGAUUCAGGCGCCUCCUCAAUCGCGUCAGCAGCAGAUACCACGCCCUUCUCAGAUGCAGCACCCCGCUCAACUGCAAUAUGCUCCCCAGCAUCAGCAUCCCUCCCAACUGCAGCACCACUCUCAGCUUCAGCACCCUUCGCAGCUGCAGCAUCAUCCUCCUCAGCAGCAGUACUCUCCUCAGCGUCAGCAACCAUCCCAGCAGGUUGCUCACCAUACAGGGCACCACAUGCAACAACAAAUGAGGCCUCUCGAGAUGAGACCCGCAGAUGGCAGAUCUGGAGAUAUGAGACACUCGAACAUGCGACAUCCAGAUAUGCGACAGCAGGAUCCAAGACCGUCUUUGGAGAUGCGCCACUCUGGAGAAGUUCGGCCUUCCAUGCAGUCUCGACCCAGUGCCGAUGCAAGGCAAUCAAUGGAUGCAAGAACAUCUCUGGAAGUACGGCGACCAAUGGAAGACCCGUAUCGCCGCCAACAACCUGCAGGUCAUGUCUCGUAUGAUGCCAACCAGCAUGGUGCUGUUGCAGCCGUACCACACGACCCUUACCCCCUGGACGGCAUGACGAUGCUAUGCAGGACUGGGCCCAGCCCCAUCUCGGACCGGAGUUCGCAGGUGACAUCUGCUCGACCUUCGAGCAGAGACUCCCAUAGUGAUUAUUCUAACCCCAACUCGUUCUCUAGUGUGGAACCACCGAGCGGCAAAACCUCACCCGUCAAGCAGGAUCCUAUAAAGCCGAACCCAGUGCCAACUCAAGCGCCAGCACCAGUAUCGGCACCUGCUCCGGUACCAGCCCCUGCUCCGGUGUCAGUCGCUGCUCCAGCUCCCGCUCCCGCUCCGGCGCCCGCACCUACUGUCAGCAAUGGUCCAAGCCCAGUCAAAUUAGUUGCUAAGAAGAAGAGCGGUGGUUUCUUAAAGAACCACAGCCCAUUCAGGCGCAAGAGCAACAAGGAUCUUCAGUCAUCAAACAGGAACACAUGGCACGCACCGAGCACGCAAAACUCGGGUAGUCCUGUUCGCCGACCACAGUUGCAAACACAAGAGUCAAGCAAUGUUGUCACCAAAGAACGUACUCAGAGUCCCGAGCCCAUCGACGCCAAUGCAAGUCUGGCUCUGGGAGUGGGACAGAAUGUUUUCCCUGUAUCUACCCCUGACACAAAGAAGAAGCCAGGAGCUGCCACUGAACAGACACCUGAGGAGACAGACCCAAUCGCUCUAGCCCUUGCGGAGCUGAAAGGUGUCACGUUAGGCAAGCAGUCAUCAAUGAGAAUGUCCGCUGAUCACUAUUCUGGGCUUGCCACUCCGGCACCAGCAUCAGAAGCUGCUUCAAGACAAGCCUCAGCCUCUCGCACAGCUCCGACUCCUGUGAACCCGGAUGUUGCGGCGGCAAAGAGAGGAACACCGCCGCCAUCAUACCAAACCCCAGUUUCACGCCUGGGUGUCCCACCACCUGCAGUGACUUCUAGGGCAAUGAAGGAAGCGACCAAGAAGGCAACCACACAGACACGAAGCAUGUUUGAGAGUGGAGGUGGUUCACCAGGAGGAUUCAAUAGUACUGCUUCUAGGACCAACACUCGAGCAACCGAAACAAGGCGAUCUGAGCCAUCCCCAACCCAGAGUGUUCCACCAAGUGCUUCACGACCGGCUACUCGAACCACUAACCAUGGCAGGGGCGAGUCUGGUAGUUACAGCGCGUCCCCUGUGUCACGACAGCCUACUAGAGCCACCGAUAACGGACGCGGCGAGCCUGGAAGCUAUAGCUCAGCAUCCAUGCCUCGACCAGGCACUCGGGGCACUGACAUGGGUAGAGGGGAUACUGGCGGCUAUAGUACACCACCUGUGGCACGUUCGGGAACCAAAGCAAGCGAGAUGCCCCGAUCGGACACUCGCGGAAUUCCUAUUUCGCGACCAGGCACGAGGGGAAGUGACAUGUCUCGUGGCGGAUCUGGUAUUUACGGAUCGUCGCCUGGUUCCCGACCUGGCACCAGGGGCUCUGAUAUGCCCAGAGCAACUUCGCCAGCACCAGCUCGUAGCGUGUCUCCACAGCCACCUAUGAACGACAACAUGAGCUACAGAUCGGUUUCGCCCAACCCUUACGCUGCUAGCCAGCGCUCUCCGUCCGUCAUGAGUUCACCACAGAAGCAUGGAUCUGCCCAAGGGUAUUAUCCCCAGUCACCCCAGCAGGCUGCUAGCCGCGGGCCUUCACCUUCACCUUAUGCCCAGCAGAAUCGCCCCGGAAGCAGCUAUGCAGGAAGCGACAUGGCAAUUCAGCUCGCGCCGGUUGAUGAUCCCUAUGGUUCUCAGAGGAGUCGAGGCAGCCGCCCUGCUUCGAGGGCUAUGAGCUACUAUGAUGAUGGUAGUACCCGUCAACGUAGUCAGAGCGUAGCUGAUCCGUCUCGGCUGUAUACGGGAGAUGGCAGAGCAAUUCUGCAUUAUGCACGCGCAUUGUACAUGUAUCAAGCAGCCAUUCCCGAAGAGUUGAGCUUUGGCAAGGGUGACUAUCUUGCGGUCCUCCGUCACCAAGACGAUGGAUGGUGGGAGGCUGAAGUCCACGGCGGAGACGGAACAUGGUUAGUUGUCAUGUUAUUCAUCAUCCAUUCGCGACUGACUUUGCUUGACAAGGAAACCCUACAAGAAACCGCCCGUGUUAUCACGUCUAAACCUGUUCAGCGAGCUGUCGUCAACACCGUACUCCUCGUUUCGACAGCAGCAACCCUCUUUUGCACGGCUGCCAUAGCCUCAUUGCUCUUUUUCCAGAAUUUCCUUCCUCACGAGGUCGUAACUUUGCCAUUACAUCUCCAAUAUGGCUCUGGCAUCAACCCGUAUGGAAUCACCUCCCUUCAGACGCCACCAAUGAAGACGCAGCAGGAGUACGAUGUGUCGUUGAUUUUAGCGAUGCCUCGCUCGAACCCAAACGUGGAGCGCGGCAACUUCAUGAUUACCCUGCACAUGGUCGACUCGCAAGCUGAUGCUGGGCUGCAUGCUGCGGCGGAACGUCACGCAUCGCUACACCAAGGACUGGAAGGGGCCAAUGUACUGUUCACUUCACGCAGGCCUGCUCUUUUCCCUUACGUGGACCCGUUCAAGCACGAACUCGAUGACCAUCCCGUUGGCAGAGCGAGUCUUGUUCUCAAGAGCCUCGGAUCUCCCAAAGUCAGCCUCACGGCUCAGCUUCGGGGUCUCCGGUGGAUGAUGGUUCACUAUCGCAUCUCGACAUUCAUCGCAUUGACCCUUGUUUUUUGGGCUUUUGAAGUUAUUUUUAUGGGUGUCGCCUGGGGACUUUGGAGCAUGGCUUCAGGGUCACCACCUGGAGAUGCCGAUGGCAAGACCAGGAGGCUUGAGGCAGAACGAUAUGACUAUGAAGAUGAGGACACAGAUCGCGCAGAGACCUAUCCAACAUAUGGAAGACAGCAGCCGCUCAAGUACGAGCCCGAGAUCAAACCAGAGGUGGACCCUGAACAGCCUUUAUCGGAGAUUCCUCGAGCAGGAGCCGACGCUGAUGACGAAGAUGAGGGGAGUUUUGACGAUGAUGACGACGAUGUGCAACACAAGGAUUCGGGCAUCGGAACGAGUUAUAGUGAAGAGGGAAUUUCAAGCAUUCGAAGGCGAACAUCACGUAAUAAAUUGUAG